AUGUCUGGCUUGUACGGGCCAGCUUUACCACCAGGUUUCAGACAAAGAUCAAACAGAGAUGACGACGAUGAUGAUGUUGUGAGUUCUUCUGGAGUGAAUGCUUCAAGUGAUGUUUUCCGGGAAACUUGCCAUGUCUCUUUUCACAGUAGAGAAGCUGACCACCAUGUAACAUCAGAGGUUAGACCUUCACCAACUGUGGUCAGACACCGAGCAGACACUCAUUCUGAAGUGAGCAGCACUGGUCAACCAAGAUGCUGUAUUACUACCACCAGGAGUGACCAUCAAGAAAUGACCGUGUCCUCACCCUCAGAAGAAGAAAACACUGUCUAUGGACCUGCUAUACCUACUUGGCGGAUUAAUGGCCGAGGUUGUCCAGAGUCUGUUGGUGAAGUAAGUUCUUCAACCUCUCCAGUGAAAGGAUGUGAAUUGAUCGGCCCCUGUCUGCCUCCGGGUUUUGGCCAGAGCCAGUCAAAUGAUGACAGUUCAGCUAGUUCAUCAACCUGUGUAACAGAAACAAAUUCAGAUCCAAAGGAUCUAUUUGCAAACAGGAUUAGCAAAAGUUCUGUUCAAAGUGAGGACACUUCUUCAACAGUUGGUUCAAGUGAGCCAACCAGCAAUUCAGUGUGUGAUAUUAUUGGCCCUGCUUUGCCUCCUGGUUUUAAUUCAAGACAUGAAGAGUUUGAAGAUGAUGAAGAAAAUGGAUGUGACACUAACAGAUUACUCCCCAUUGGCCCCUGCCUACCUCCAAGUGCAGCAACAUCAUCUGGUAUUUUUGGACCAGCAUUACCUCCUGGUUUCAAAUCCAGUUCUUCAGCUGAAAAAUGUCAUGCCAUGAAUCUUGAGCUACCCCCCAGUUCAGCAACUGAAGUUGAAGAGGAUGUCAUUGGUCCUUUGCCUUCAGAAAUGUUCAAAAAGGGUAUGGCAGAUAAUUCAUUGGCUGAAGAAAUUGAAAAACGAGCUGCUAAUAUGAAGGAUAAACUUGAAGGAAAGCUUGAUGAAGUUGAGGUUGUAAGCAGAGAGACUUGGAUGACUGAACUACCUCCUGAGCUCGGGCCUGGACUUGGUCUUACUGCACGGCAGUUCAAAGGUAACAGAUCUACAAGCACUGGAGAUCGAUCAGUGUGGACAGACACUCCUGCUGAUAAAGCAAAAAAGCUUAAGGACCAAGCUGAAGGACGUGCUUCCAAGAGAAGUCAUGAAUCUAAAGAGGAAACCAUCUCUGCAAAAGACCAAUUCUGUGCUGAACGUAUUGCAGAAUUUAAUAAAAACAAACGGUCAGAGUCUCUUCUUGAUAUGCACGUUAAACAAAGAAAAAUAGCCAAGGAACAAGAAGCUGCUGCUGGUCCUAAAGAACGUCGUCCAUUUGACAGAGAUGUAGACCUAGGCAUUGUGAAUCUAAAUUCAGCCCAGAGAAAAUCCAUAAUUGACAAAUCUCAUGCACUCAACACUCGAUUUGGUCAUGGCAACUCCCAUUUUCUAUGA